AUGUUUAAUCAUAGUACAUAUACAAGAAGGUGUGUGGAAGAUGGUCUUCCACCUACACCCUUAGUUCCAGUUCCUCUUGAUGAUGUUUUUACUGAUGAUUUAUUAUCGUCAUCAUCGUCAUCGUCAUUUAUAAAAUUAUUUUCAUCAUCAUCAUCACCAUCAACAACACCAACAUUUUUAAUAGUACAUAUUCUUCUGUCGAUUGGGUGGGGUGUGGCUGUGGCACUUCAAUGCUAUUCUCAUGAUGCAUGGUCAAUUAAUUGUCCACAGUUGAGUAAUACAACAAGAUUUCGUACUAGUGAUGAUAAUAGAUAUUACAAGGCUACAUUGCCUGAUGAUGUCAGCCGUGAUUGUGCUAAAGAACGAUGUAAUGUUCAAAAUAAUAAUUGUUCGAGAAUAAUUUAUGCUCUCAAAUAA